GCUCGAAUUACGCCCACGAAAGCAGAACACAUAUCGAGGCUUCGAAGAUAACACGUUGUAUCCCUCAUCGGAACAUCGGAGCUCAAGAGCCGAGCAUCACUUGCAUCGGAGUGAUGUAUGGGGGAUGGGCCGAGGCCUUUUCCUGGUAAUCGCUUCAUGCAGCUUAGCUGGUCGCUAGCGGGUCGUGUGCUGGCUUUAUAAAGCAUUGGCUGGCCUUGUGCAGCUUUGCUUCGACAUAACCAGGCCGGCUGUUGCAACGUCAGGCGACUCCUUUAUUGGAGUGAAGGAGAUAAAUAGCAUCCCUAGCCCCGUCACCCACCGCAGUGUGCAUUCGAUACAAACCAGCGCUUUUUCUCAGACCGUUUGAUUGCCGGUUAUUGUUAUCUCCAUACCUCAGCAUGAUUCACGAAAGUAUUCAAGGGGCCCUCCAGGGGCAUUAUCUAACAGUAACCGCUGGUAUAUUACUUCUCUUCUUGGUGGGAAAAUGUUUUUACGAGUUGUACAUCAACCCUCUGCAUAAGAUCGCCGGUCCGAAGCUGGCGGCGAUUACCCGUCUGGUGCAUAUGUAUCACUCCCUUAUGGGCGAUGAGCAUGUUUGGGUGAGAAACCUGCAUCUGGCCUUCGGAGACACUGUCCGGAUCUCGCCCGAUCAAGUCAGCUACUCGUGCGCCGACGGAUGGAGAGAUAUCUACGGCCAUGCCAGUGCAACAAAGAAAUCCACUGAAAAGGACAUGCGAUUCUUCGGCACCACACUUAACGGAACCCCGGACGUCAUUCGUGCCAAAGCUGCCGAUCAUUCACGCUUUCGUCGAAAUUUUUCACAUGCUUUCUCGGACAAGGCUUUGCGCGAGCAGCAGCCACUCAUUGCUCAUUAUGCGGACUUGCUCAUCGAGAAGCUCCGAGAAGUUGUCCAAGCAGAUCCCAAGGCCAAGAUCGAAAUGGUUUUGAUGUACAAUCUGACCACAUUCGACAUUAUGGGUGACUUGACAUUCGGAGACCCACUGAAUCUGCUGAAAGGUACCGGCAACGUGGGGUGGGUGACAUCGAUCUUCUCCAGUGUGAAGAUCAAUUCACUCCGACGUGUCGCACGAUACUAUCCAUGGUGUUCUUAUUUCUUGAACUCUCUUCUCCCUCGGUCCUUGAAGAAACGGCAAGCGUCUCAUUACCAGUCAUGCAAGGAUAGGGUAGACUGGCGGGUUGAUCAGAGCCUGGAUCGCCCCGACAUUUGGGGCCUGGUCAUGUCGCAGAAAGAGUCCCUGCGCUUGAGCCGUGAAGAAAUGUACGCCAACUCACAACUGUUCAUGGUAGCUGGGACGGAAACCACCGCAACAGCGUUGAGCGGCCUCACGUAUCAAUUGUUGCUGAAUCCUGACAAAAUGGAGAAAAUCACCAAGGAGAUUCGAGACGCCUUUGAACGAGAUUCGGACAUCGAUAUGCUGCGGUUAGCACAGUUGAAGUACCUGAACAUGUGUAUCGACGAGGGCCUUCGGAUGUAUCCCCCUGUCCCUGCCGGGAUGCCCCGUCUCACUCCGAAGGAGGGUAUGGAAAUUUGCGGCGAAUAUAUGCCUGGCAAUACGGCUGUCUCCGUACAUCACUGGGCGACAUAUCGCAACCCACGAAACUUCACCCGGCCAGACGACUUUCUUCCGGAGCGAUGGAGUAGCGACCCGCAGUUUGCUGGUGACGACAAGGCUGCUUUCCAGCCCUUCUCUUUCGGCCCUCGCAACUGUCUGGGGAAGAAUCUCGCCUAUCAUGAGAUGCGACUCAUCCUAGCCAAGGUCCUAUACCACUAUGAUCUAAACCUGGCAUCUGAAUCAGUCGGCUGGGACAAGCAGAACACGUGGACGCUGUGGCAAAAAAAUCGAUUGAUGGUUCAACUGACCCCCCGGGUUUAGACGGAAGCCAUCGAUGCACAUCUGAGUAUCUAGUAAGGAUGGGAGAUUGUAUACAGGGUUAGCUUAAGCAUAUGGGCUUGAGCUAUGCUGGCGAAAGUUGAUAGUGAUGUUCCUUUUUGGAGGUCAAUGAUGAUAUGAUGAUUCUCCCAGUCGUCCUUCUCUACAAACUAUCCAAUCA